AUGGUUGCAGCAAACACCACGCAAGCGAAGGGCGGUCUCGCCUUUAUGCAGCGCCUCAGCCCAACUGUGACAUACUUUGAGCCCGAAAAGGCAAGCGACUCGAAACCAAAAUCCAAGGCCGACCCCGAACUUAUCAUCAUAUUAUCCUGGAUGGGCGCCAAGGAAGACUACAUUGCCAAAUACGUCGAAGGACACCGAGCGCUGUUCCCCACGUCGCGCAUCCUCGUCGCCCAAUGUCCUCUCAUCCACGUCUUCUUCCCAUGGCUCGCACCUCUUCAUAUUAAGCCUGCUGUCCCGAUUAUCAAGGCGCUGGUACCAAAGAAACCUGGAGCGGAAAAGUCUGGACCGCCCAAGAUCCUACUACACGCCUUUUCCAAUGGCGGCGUUAGCACCGCUUUACACAUGUACGCCCAUCUAAAGAGGCAGCUCGGGGGCAAUCUAGUGCUACCUAGACGCGCAUUCAUCUUCGACUCGUGCCCCGGCAAGUUCAAUUGGAGAGGUACUGCACACGCAUUGAGUUCCAUCCUGCCGCGCUUGGCAACACCGCUCAUUUACUCGGUCUUGGCGCUCAUCUGGCUCAUCUAUCGCAUCCCAUACACAAUGCCUGCGCAAAACAGAAACUGUCGAGCGAUCCGGAACCCAGCCCAUGCUGAUAGUGAGACACGGCGCACGUAUAUUUAUUCGGCGGUCGAUGCUAUGAUUCCGUGGAGAGCUGUGGAACACGAGGCCCGUGAAGCUCGAAGGGCAGGUUUCAAUGUACGGCUAGAGCGGUUCGAUGGAGCGCAGCACUGCGCCAUUGCUAAGGCAGAUCCCGAUCGAUACUGGGGUCACGUUAAGGAUACAUGGUAUGGACCUCCUCCUCGGUGA